UUCUAUUCGGCGCAAAUCAUUCGCGACAAUGGUUGAAAAAGUUCUCGACGACAUCUCCCACCGCAGAUACAACCCUCUGCGCGGGUCUUCUAUCUUGGUCUCGCCUCACCGGACCAAGCGUCCCUGGCACUAAUAUCAACUUGCUGUCCAGGGGUCAGCAGGAGAGCCCGUCUAAGACCACGUUGCCCUCGUAUGAUCCUGCCUGCUAUCUCUGCCCGGGCAACAAGCGCGCUCAGGGUGAUUCCAACCCUAAGUAUGACAAAACGUUUGUCUUCGUGAACGAUUACAGCGCAGUCAAAGAGGAGCAGGCUCCGUAUACUCCGGAAAGCACCGAAGGUAUAGUCUGAAACAAGCCAUGCACACAGCGGACCAACCCCUUACUCAUAGCUUUCUGCCUACAGAAGCGGAGUCCUUCUUCCUCAAGGCGGAGCCGGUCACCGGAAAAUGCUACGUGCUCACCUUCUCGGCGGCACACAACCUGACCCUGGCGGACCUGUCGCCCGCGGAGAUCGUGCCCGUCAUCGACGCCUGGACCCAGCUGUACACGGCGCACCUGUCGCCCAAGUCCCCGCUAGCGGCGGUGGCGCCGGCGACCACGCUGCCGCCCGACGCGCCGACGGCCAGCCCGGCGGCGGCCAAGGAGCAGUACCGGUACAUGCAGAUCUUCGAGAACAAGGGCGCGGCGAUGGGGUGCUCGAACCCGCACCCGCACGGGCAGGUGUGGACGACCAGCUCGCUGCCCGAGGAGCCCGCCAUGGAGCUGGAGCAGCUGCAGAAGUACCGCCGCGAGCACGGCGGCAAGCACAUGCUGGAGGACUACGCCGCGCUGGAGAGCCGCAAGCAGGAGCGCGUGGUGUUCGAGAACGCCAGCUUCCUCGUCGUGUGCCCCUGGUGGGCCGUCUGGCCCUUCGAGACGAUGGUCGUCAGCAAGACGCACAAGCGCGCCCUGGUCGAUUUGAACGAGGCCGAGAAGGCCCACCUGGCCGAGGCCAUCGCCGAGGUCACCCGCCGCUACGACAACCUGUUCGAGACGCACUUCCCCUACAGCAUGGGCAUCCACCAGGCGCCGCUGGAGGGCACCGAGGAGGAGGUCGAGGCCUCGUAUCUCCACCUGCACUUCUAUCCUCCGUUGCUGCGCAGCGCGACCGUCCGCAAGUUCUUGGUGGGAUACGAGAUGUUGGGCGAGCCUCAGCGUGAUAUCACCCCGGAGCAGGCGGCUGCUAGACUCCGUGGCUGCGGAGGAGAACUGUACCGCAAGAAGAUGGAUGCCUAGGUUGUAGAUGUAGGGUUCUGAUGAUAGUGCACAUACAUUCGAUAAUAGCUGUACAUUCUGUGUUGCUUACCCUCGAGCUUCUACCUUUUUUUCGUUUAUUGUCUUCUGCCUCAAUUUUACUGAUUUCGAGUAGAGAAAUCACUCUCAUGACAAAUCGUGUUAAGUAAAUCAACGGAUCUGCUAUUUCAGGAUUGUGGAGGUACGCGAUCGAUCGAUCCGGAGAUGCAGAUAUAUAUAAGUGGAG